AUGAUCCUGUGGGCUCUGAGCUCUACUGGGCUCUUGAGACAGCCUUGUUGGAGGGAAGCAAAGCUCCUUGAUCUGUUGGGAGGUAGAAGCAUGUCAUCGUUGUCCCCCCCCCUCCCCCUCAAUUCUAAUGCUGCUGCACAGGAAUGGGAGGUCAUCCACGGUACAGCAUGCAGCUCUGUGUCUCGUCCUGUCCUGUCUCAGCAGGAAUGAAAUGGAAAUUGAGAUACAACCAUGAUAGAAGACAAAGGUCCAAGGGUGGCUGACUACUUUGUGGUGGCAGGACUGACUGACACUUCAACUCUUCUGGACCAAGAAAUAAGCCGCUGCGAAACAAAGUCAACCGGUCCAAAGGCUCCAAUUACAGACAUUGCUGUCAUUAUCAAGUCAGCUGGUGAAACUGUCCCUGAGGGUUACACCUGUGUUGAAUCCACCCCCACAGCCCUUCAAGCCAACUUGAACUACGGCAGUCUUAAAAGUCCAGAGCUUUUUCUUUGCUACAAGAGGGGCUGGGACAAACCACCUCUUACAGACAUUGGAGUUCUAUAUGAAGGGAAAGAACGGGUGAUUUCAGGCUGCGAGGUGAUCCAGGCUACUCCAUACGGCCGAUGUGCCAAUGUUAACAACAGUUCAGCUACUUCCCAAAGAAUCUUUAUUACCUUUCGAAGGGCUCUUCCUGUUCGGCCUCAGAAUUCUUUGGCUGUAACAGAUAUUUGUGUUAUUGUGACCAGCAAAGGAGAAACCCCUCCCCAUACAUUCUGCAGAGUUGACAAGAACUUAAAUUGUGGCAUGUGGGGGUCCAGUGUGUACCUUUGUUACAAAAAGUCUGUGCCAGCUUCCAACUCAAUAGCAUAUAAAGCUGGCUUGAUUUUCAGAUAUCCAGAGGAGGAUUAUGAGUCAUUCCCAUUGUCAGAAUCUGUUCCUCUAUUUUGCCUUCCAAUGGGAGCUACUAUUGAAUGCUGGGAUCCUCAAACCAAAUAUCCACUACCAGUGUUCUCAACAUUUGUACUGACUGGUUCUUCUGCAGAAAAGGUCUAUGGUGCAGCUAUUCAGUUUUAUGAGCCUUGUUCCCGGGAGCUGCUAACAGAAAAGCAGCAAUUGCAGCUGAGCCUCCUGACAGCUGUGGAGAGAAAAGUGGUUACUGCCAAGUCCAUCAAUUCCAACAAAUGUAUCUGCCUUCUCUCACAUUGGCCUUUCUUUGAAGCCUUUCGAAAAUUUCUUAUGUUCAUCUACAAGCUUUCUGUUUCUGGGCCUCAUCCUCUUCCCAUUGAAAAGCAUAUAUCCCACUUUAUGCAUAAUAUAUCUUUUCCUUCACCUCAAAGGCCAAGGAUCCUUGUGCAGCUUUCUGCCCAUGAUGCAUUAAUACUGUCUCAGCCAGUUUCUACACCUUUACCACUCAGUGGAGCAAACUUCAGCACCCUCCUAAUGAAUCUUGGACCAGAAAACUGUGCUACUGUGCUACUCUUUGUACUCUUAGAAGGCAAGAUCCUACUACACUCCCUUAGACCAGCUGUGCUAACAGGUGUAGCUGAAGCUGUAGUAGCUAUGAUAUUUCCAUUUCAGUGGCAAUGUCCAUACAUCCCCCUCUGUCCUUUGUCUCUGGCAACGGUGCUCAGUGCUCCUGUUCCAUUUAUAGUUGGAGUUGAUUCACGAUACUUUGAUCUGUAUGAUCCACCACAGGAUGUUGUUUGCAUUGACUUAGACACAAACAUGGUGUACAUUUCAGAUGAUAAGAAGAGUAUGAACUGGAAGCAGCUUCCUAAGAAGCCGUGCAAAAUUCUGUUGAGCACUUUAAAGAAACUACAUCCACAGUUAGCAUCAGUUCACAGAAAGACACAAGAAGGUUCUGCAGUGGAAAUGACUCCUAUAGAGGCAGAUUUCUCUUGGCAGAAGAAGAUGACAGAACUUGAGAUGGAAAUUCAGGAGGCUUUCCUACGCUUUAUGGCAUCUAUUUUAAAGGGGUACAGACCAUUCCUCAAGCCGAUCACACAGGCACCUUCAAAUAAAGCUACUGCUGCUGAUUCCUUGUUUGACCAUCAAGGGUUUUUAAAAAGUAGGGACCGUGCCUACACAAAAUUCUAUGCACUUCUAACGAAAACACAGAUAUUUAGCCGCUUCAUAGAAGAGUGCAGUUUUGUGAGUGACAAGGACACUGGCUUGGCAUUUUUUGAUGACUGCACAGAAAAGGUUGAUGUUGACUCUGCAGAGGACACACGGUUGAUUGAGCUUGAUGAGUCACAGAAGAGUGAACACACAGUGUUUAUAAUGCCACCAGAACCUCCCCCUGAAGAUGGACAGGACUGGGCCCCUAAGUACAGCUAUAAAAACUUCCCAAGACUAGACUUGAAGAUAUUUGACAGGCCACAGGAGCUCAAACUUUCUUUCAACAGACACCCAGCUGGAGGCAGCAUUUCAAAUAGCCCAGCACUCAUGGCAAAGAGAACAAAACAGGAGAUAAAAACAGCCCAUAAAUUAGCCAAGAGGUAUUAUACAAACCCCCCACAGUGGGCCAAGUGUCUCUUCAGUCAUUGUUACAGUCUAUGGUUUAUUUGUCUGCCAGCCUAUGUCAGAGUUGCCCAUCCUAAGGUCAAAGCACUGCAGCAGGCAUACGAUGUUCUCAUUAAAAUGAGGAAAACUGACGUGGAACCACUUGAUGAGGUAUGCUAUAGAGUUGUAAUGCAGCUGUGCGGACUUUGGGGCCAUCCUGUUCAGGCAGUGAGAGUCCUUUUUGAAAUGAAAAAUGCUGGAAUACAACCAAAUGCAAUCACCUAUGGUUAUUAUAACAAGGCAGUUCUGGAGAGCCCAUGGCCCAGCAGUAACCGCAGUGGUAUAUUUCUGUGGACGAAGGUACGGAAUGUGGUCCGUGGCAUGGCACGAUUUAGGCAGUGCCUAAAAAAAGCAACACGAAGUUCACAUGUCCCAGUGAUACCAGCUCCACGGAAUGCCAUGGGUGGAAGUGAUGGGGACACGGUGAGCCAUGGUAGCGUGGAUAGUUCUAAUGAUGCUAACAAUGGGGAGCACACACUCUUCGUCAGAGACUUAGUCAGGCUUGAUUCCAUUGAUAAUCACUCUAGCACAGGUGGUCAGUCAGACCAGGGAUAUGGAUCCAAGGAUGAACUUGUACGGGAGGAUGGAUAUAGCCUUCAUGCAAAUGGGACACUAAUGGGAAAAAAAUCUUCUAAAACUGAAGACUUGACAGAAGAGGUCUGCGCUGCGGAUGACUCUGGUGAAAAGCAGCAGCUGAGUACAGAACCUCACAGUCUGACAGAGCCACCCACCUGGGGAAACAGUAUUGUGAAAGUUCCAUCUGGCAUUUUUGAUGGCACUGGCAGAAAAAGCAGUGGUGGAACUGCAUCUAUCCCACCCUUCAUAGCUCAGGAUUCCAUUGAAGGUUCAGUCUUUGAUGAUGCUUCUCCCAAGAAAACAAGUGAAAAAGGACAGAAGAGACAGAAACUUUUUUCAGAGAGGAGCUGCAGUUUUAGCAGUGAAAGCAGAGCAGGUAUGCUGUUGAAGAAAGGCAGUUUGGACUUGAUUUCUAGUGAAAUUGCAAUAAUGAUGGGAGCAGAUGCCAAGAUUCUCACAGCUGCUUUAUCUGGGGCCAAAACAUCACCCACACAUACUAGUAAAUCCCUUAACUUUGACAGUAUGGGUGACCAGCAGGUCCCUGCGCUGAGUGGCAAUAGGACUUAUAUGAGUAAAGGUACUUGGGAAUUGGAACAUAGGUCCUCACCAGUGAUGGAGGAGCCUGAGGAAGGGCCAGAGCACCUUGAGAAUGGAGGUGAUGACAAUGCAGACAAAGCAGAAGACCACCUUACCAAACUGCUGGCUGGUAAUCAGUCCACAAAUGGGAAAAUGGAACCCAAAGAUGCAGCAAAUAAAAGGAAUAGCUUGUAUGGAGUUGUUAAGCCUGUAGAAAGGGAAGAUGUUGAAGUGGGCUCAGAUCCUUUAUCUCUGCUGGCUACUGAAAGCAUAAAGCCAAAAUGCUCAGAGACUGAAGAAAAGACAAUGCCAGUUGUAUCGCGUUAUCUGGCUGAUGAAAUAGAAAGCUACAUGAACCUGAAAAGCCCUGUUGGUAGCAAAUUUCCCAGCAUGGAGGUACACAAGGAAGAGAGCAGAGAAACAACAGUAUCUAGUACACUUGAUCACUCCCAAGACAAGAGAUCAAGCCUACCUUCAGAUUCAAUUCCACGAGUUCCAAAGCAACAUGAAAAUAGGAAGAGCCCUUCAGUUUCCAGGUCCAAAACCUUUGCCGGGCGACCAAAGCAACCGUUCCGUUCACGAGUGCAGAAGGAGCGGUCUUCAUCUGUAACGGGGCUGGGUCAUUCUCCUCAGCAUGGCUCACUGGGAUCUGUGGUUACAACUUUAUCCAGUCUGAAGUUAGAUAACAUACUUUCUGGACCGAAAAUAGACAUUCUGAAGUCAGGCAUGAAACAAGCAGCUAAUGUAGCCAGUAAGAUGUGGGGAGCUGUAGCCUCAGCCUACAACUACUCAGAAGAUGAGGAAGAAACUCAUCUACAAGACUUCCCCUUUCCCAUUGGAUUAGAAGACCACCUUUUAGGAGACAACCUGUCACCAAAAACAGGAAUCCUGGGGCUGGUAACCAGUGAGCUCACACAGAGCACUACCAGUCUAGGUAGCAGCAACAGCAGUGGAGAUGUAGGAAAACAGCAAUACCUAACAGGUGAAAUUUCAUUCCCAAGAAGCAUGAAAGGUCUGGAUUCUGAGAAGUCAGAACAUGGCUCCUCCCACAAUACCAGUUUAUCUAGCAUCUUCCAGAACUGUGCAAUGGAGGUGUUGAUGUCAAGUUGCUCUCAGUGUCGGGCAUGUGAAGCUUUAGUUUACGAUGAAGAAAUUAUGGCUGGAUGGACUGCAGAUGAUUCCAACUUGAACACCACUUGUCCCUUCUGUAAAAGCACUUUCUUACCUCUUCUUAAUGUGGAAUUUAAAGACUUUCGUGGCUCUGCUAGCUUUUUUCUGAAACCAAGUAUCUCUGGAGAUAGCUUACACAGUGGUAACAUUCCAAUAACUACUGAUCCUCUGGAGCUGAAACCUGCAUCCAGCUCUGCUGUUGCUGAUUUGAUGAGUUUUUCAGAUCAUCCAAACUCCAAUGAGAUCAUAGUUGAAGAAACAAGCUCUACACCUGAGCAGAGUAAUAUGCCUGAAGAACAGAGUAAGGGCCCCAGAGCAGUGACAACAUCUGGCAACAAUCCACCAAAACCAGGAGCAUCUUUGACUCGGAGCCAUAGUGUGGGGGGCCCCCUGCAAAAUAUUGAUCUGUCACAGAGACCAUCUCAUGGAAUUUCAACAGUUAGCCUUCCAAACAGCUUGCAAGAAGUUGUGGAUCCCUUAAGAAAAAGGCCCAAUCCUCUUCCCGUUUCUGUACCUUAUUUGAGUCCUCUGGUGCUGCGUAAAGAGCUUGAAUCCUUGUUGGAGAAUGAAGGGGAACAAGUGAUACAUACAUCCACAUUCAUCAACCAGCACCCCAUCAUUUUCUGGAACUUGGUUUGGUAUUUCCGGCGCUUGGAUCUACCUAGCAACUUGCCUGGGCUCAUUUUAACCUCAGAACAUUGUAACGAGGGAGUGCAGCUUCCUCUGUCAUCUCUGUCACAAGAUAGCAAGUUAGUGUACAUUCAGCUACUGUGGGACAACAUCAAUCUCUAUCAGGAGCCAGGAGAGCCUCUGUAUAUAUCCUGGAGAAAUCUGAACUCAGUGGAGAAGAAACCAUCCACAACUUCAGAAGACCAGCAGGCAAUAAGCACUUUGUUAGAGAACGUCAAACUAAGUAUUCAACACAAUAAUGUUCUUAAACCAAUCAACUUCCUUCUGCAGAAAGUUCAACCAGGUGUCAAAAGACAAAGAAGUUUUUACCGAGAAAUCCUGUUCCUGUCUUUGGUGUCCCUUGGCAGACAGAACAUCGACAUUGAGGCCUUUGACAGUGAGUACAGAAUUGCAUAUAAAGGUCUAGCUUCAGAUGUGCUUGAAAAGAUGCAGAAAAUAGAUGCACCUCCAGGCAGCAGGGUAGAGUGGUGCAGAAAAUGUUUUGGAGCCCCUCUCAUUUAAAAAUAAGAAGAAAUACCACAGAACUUUCACAACACAAAGCAGAGAUGGAACAAAACUGGGAGCACACAAAUGUGGAUUUCAGUUCCCAAAAGAUGAUGCAAAACAGCAAGCUGGUGUUAAAUCUCUUGUGGACAACCUUUGCAUCUUAUUUGUCAUCUCAUGCAAUGGUGUAAAAUAUUCUAAAAUACCUUUGACCUUGUUUAUAGCUAGGGUUAUUCCACUCUUUGAUUGCUGAUGUGCCUUUUACUACUUGUUUGUAUAUAUGUUUUUCUUCCUUCUCAUCCCCCAUCUCCAAUUGCAUAGAGGGAGGAGAUAAAUACCAUUUAAUUGGUGGCUGCCUUAAGGUCCAUCAGUACUAAAAUAUUUUAUUGAAAUACCUUUCUAGUGAACCAGCUUAAGUGUGCCCGUACGAUUGACCAUAAGGUAAAGAGAGGGAUCUGUUGUAUAUCUGUUCAGUGUGUAUGUAUUGGAACCCUUGGAUUGCAAGUUGCAAUGCAUUUCCCUUAGACAGUGGUAAUGAUACCAAACAGUAAGUUAGAUGCAACUAUUUUGACAGAUUUCCCUGUCCAGGGCGAUCAAAAACAUCAGUUGACAGACUUUAACUCUUUGUUUUGACUGUGUUUAAAGCUGUUUAGUUUCUUUACUCAUAGUGUCCUGCUCUGUGAAUUUGGAGAUAACUGUGAAUAUAUUCUUCCAAACAAAUGAUGAGCUGCUUUCCUGAGCAGUUUGGAGAAGGGUGUUUUUCUGCAAGUCAGGGAGGUAAUUUAAGUGAAACAAGGGUGGUACCAAAGGGAUUAACAAAAUCAAAAAUUGUCUAGAAAUUAAGCUUUAUAGAGUAUGUUUCAAAACAAGUAAGUGUCCCUUAGGGUGAAUUUGCAGCUUCAAAUAACUGCCCCCCCCGGGUCUUGGUCUCUCUUUUUUAAAUCUGUGGGGAAAUUACUUUGCACUGUUCAAUAUUCAAAUUCAAUAUUUUUAUUACACAUAUAUUUAUAAAUGUGUUCUUAAAGGUGUGUAUGCAGAGAACAAUUCGAGAGCUUAAGUGAAUGGUCUUAAGAGUUAAAACCCUCUUUAGUUUCUUGCUGGUAGAUGAGAACUUGUUCACCUCCUAUUCCUACUUAAUGAUAACACUACGCAUGCCCUUGGCAACCUGCAGUCAAACACUGAUUUGGGAUUUUUAACGUGUCCAAAGGUGGAUACACGGCAACAUUUGUGGUGCUGUUUCUGUUGAAAUCAUAGACAUGCGCUGAUGCAACUUCUCCUAUAUUUUACCAGUAACUUCACUCAUGGGAGAAACAGCAAGGAGAAGGGAUUCAUAGAGUAUUAGGAGCAUAACUAACUAAAAGCACAAUCACACUCUAAGCUUGAAUGUAUUCUGUUCAGACUGCUGCCUUAGCUACAUCUUUACUGGUAUCCCACACUCCAGGAUUUUGACUUAAAAAAGAUCCUCAUACCCCUGAUUGUUUUUGAAAGGUAGCUGAAAUCCCUCCUCAAAAACACAAUGCUUUCAACAAGUUGCUGACAUGCGUCCCUUCAAGCAAUGGUUUUUAAACUAUUUGUAGCAAACUUUUUUGCAUUGUAGGCUGGAUCUAUUGUUUUUAAAGUAAAAAUGGCUGAUCCUUAGCUAUGUUAGUGGGUUAAGUAGAGAUGGAAACAUUUCCCCCCAUUAAAAUGUAUGCAUUGUUACUACUUAGAAGCAGAGGGGUAAGAAAAAGGAACGUUUUUUUUACUUUAGCCUUUGGAGGCUAAUUGUUCACAGAUGUAGGGACAACGAAACCAUGCUGCUCAUGUUCUAAUUGUGUUCAAUUUUCAUCUUUCUUCCCAACAAUGAUAAGACACGUGGAAACAAUUCUUUAUUUUAAACUAAAUAAAAAUUCCUACAAAGUGCUCUCCCAAGCAUUUUUUAUACUAGCAUUAUAAUAGUCAUUAAACAAAUAAGAAUAGCAAAGAUUGUGCCUUAUACUUCAGCACUAGCUUUAAAGCCCCCAAAACUAAUUUAGCAUAUUCCACUCAUAGAUUAAUAGAUGUUAGGGUCAGAAGGGACCUCAAUAGAUCAUCGAGUCCGACCCCCUACAUAAGCAGGAAAGAGUGCUGGGUCUAGAUGACCCCAGCUAGAUACUCAUCUAACCUCCUCUUGAAGACCCCCAGGGUAGGGGAGAGCACCACCUCCCUUGGGAGCCCGUUCCAGACCCUGGCCACUCGAACUGUGAAGAAGUUCUUCCUAAUGUCCAGUCUAAAUCUGCUCUCUGCUAGCUUGUGGCCAUUGUUUCUUGUAACCCCCGGGGGCGCCUUGGUGAAUAAAUACUCACCAAUUCCCUUCUGUGCCCCCGUGAUGAACUUAUAGCCAGCCACAAGGUCGCCUCUCAACCUUCUCUUGCGGAGGCUGAAAAGGUCCAGUUUCUCUAGUCUCUCCUCGUAGGGCUUGGUCUGCAGGCCCUUGACCAUACGAGUUGCCCUUCUCUGGACCCUCUCUAGGUUAUCCGCAUCCUUCUUGAAGUGUGGCGCCCAGAAUUGCACGCAGUACUCCAACUGCGGUAACUGGUACUCCACUGGUAACCCUGAAUAAGCAACUAAACCAUGUGGCUACUUAGAACAAUUUAAAUGACAAUGCAUUUUGAAUACACUUAUGCUGAUCCAGUUCUGUAAAAUAUAGGUUAAAACAGUAUGCUAAAGACUUUGAGUGGUAGCAGCCCGAUUCCUAUCUAUCCUGUAACCAUCAGAGAUUAGGAUCUAUCAUUGAAGCACCUUUUACGUAGUGACUCUCACCUCAUCCACUGUUACAAAAAUUGAAUAUGACCCUGGACUUCUGUAAACCAGUUUCUCAGCCUGUGGUACGCAUACCCCUGGGGGCACACGAGACAUAGGCAGGGGGUGCGCAGGUACCCCAGCACUCUCUCUCGCCUUCCUCCUCAAAACUAUGGCAAAAAAUUUGGUGCGUCACCCAUUGCACGGCACUUUAAAUUCCCCAGUAAUAAUUUGGCAUGCCACACUUUGCGCAACACUGGGUUCAGCCCUCCUAGCUUUGGCCAACAUCACCUCUAGCCCAGGUGCAUACUUGAGUUGUGCAUCCCUGGUGUUAAAAGGUGGCAACUCUACCCACACCAGACCAGGCAUCUAUCGUAUCACGUCCUUAUGUACACAGCCCUUCUUCCAACAUACGGGACACAUUAGUCUGUAAAUAUAAAAAAUUUAGCAAAUUAAUAUUAAUCUGCCUUGGGCUGCCUGUCACGGGGCCCUCGAUGGCUUGCUGAAACUCCGUAAGCAGCCCUCUGCCUAAAAUAAUUGCUUGCCUCUGAGUUAGGGGAUACUUGCUACUUAAAAGGUUGAGAAACACUGCUGUAAACUGCCAGAGUAGCUUGUUUAUUAUGGUACUAAAUACUGUUAAACCUUCUUCCCUGGAAUGCGUAGCAACCUCCCCCCACCCACCCCUCCAAGACAUUCAAAGAUUAGCUUGAAAGGAUCCCUUGAUCAUUCUUGCACAUACCUGAAUUCCAGAGCUGAAAGUACUAUGCAAAUCUAAAUGAAUCCAUUGACUGAAAAGUCUACUGAAACUUACUUUCCAAUGUAGAAUGCAGGAUUUUGUCAUUGAAGUCCAGUUGACUUCUUGGUUUGUACUAGGUGAUUAACUAGCUGACCCCAGAUUGCAUCCUCUGAGAGUGAGGGUUCUAGAAGCAAUUUGCUAUAAGGAGUGUGUUUUUAUGGACCAUUCCCUGGCUUCCACCGACUCUGGAGUAAUUAGCUACAACUGACAGGGACUGAUGCAAGUUGUGCUGGAAAGGAUUUUUCAGAGAUUUGUGCUGACUAAAUCUGAAUAUGUAAAAUACCAAGACUGUACUUGGAAAACAGACAUGACACACAACUAGCUGCUGCAUAUUUAAUAAUACCCAUAUGCUUGAAAGUCUGGCUCAGAAGGAAGGAAACCAGCCUUUGAAAUCUUUGUGGCUUUUUCUCCUGUCCCAAUCCAGGCAAUAGCAAAAUAAAUGAUUUUCUGCAAAUCAGUAACUUCUGUGGGCCACAGAGGACCGACUGAAACUGGUUUCUUUUUUUCUCCUAUUAAUUGUUGUUCCAUAGUGACACUAAAUAUAGGAGUGAGCUUUAUCCAGGUGUCAGAAAGGUAAAAUAUAAAUGGUUAUUCCCCAGCUACUCUCUCUCCCUGUUAAAGGUAGAAAAAAAGUGUCUAUGUUACCUGGGAACCUCUUGUCUAGAGAAGCAAGUUAGUUCUCGUUGGCAUGUAAAAACAAAAAAAAAACCCAGCCAGGGUUGAUAUGGAGGUGCUCUGUCUGUACAUGUAUAUUGGAAACCCAGUUCACAAGCCAUAAAGAUGAUGGUGGUAGACGGAUGUUGCAGGGAAAGCCUGCUACAGAGCUGGACAAAUAAAUCAAAGUGCUAGAAACAAUUACUUUAAGGAAACUGAGGGGGUUUAUGGUAUUUUGAAUGAACUUGUGAAAUGUUAAAAGGAUUUUUUAAUUAACAAACUUAACAAACAGGGGAACAAACUUUGAAUUACUACCCUGAAAAUUUGCACUAUCAGUGAACUGUGUGGAUAGGAUGCAUUUUGCCACGUUUUUCUAAUUUCUUAAAUCCACCAAAUAUGCCUUGUUUCUUUCAGUUUCAUAGAAAGUGUAAAUAACUUCAUAAAGUUUGAGGUCAGAAUUUGUUUGUUUUUGUGGGGGUAAGAAAAUUCUAGGUCAUUACAAAGAUGUAAAAACCCAGUGGAUUCCAAAAAAUUGAUGUGCAAAGACUAGGAAACUGAAUGAAAAGACUGUAAUUGGGAUAGAUUCUAGCUGCAUACCACAACACCAGAACUCUGGGCAUUGCUCAUAGCUGGACCCUACUCGGCUCAACUAUUUUAUAUAAAUGUGGGUUCAGUCAGUGACAUUUUAAUGAGGGAAAACAUUUAGUAAAUAUGUGAAACUAAAUUAUUAUGUUUUUAUAAAUAAAUUAGUCUUACAUAUAGUUGAUUUCAUGUUUGCUAAACUCUGAAUUCACACUACACUAACAAAUUACUAGGUUUUAUUCCAUCCUAACCCGGAAUGUUUUUUUCUGUACUGCCUCAGUAGAAAAGAAAAUCCAGACUUUAGUUUGAGAGUUCUCUAUUUUCCUGUAACUGCCUUCACAUUGGCUAUAUUAUUAAAGUAUGUAUGAAUUUGACUAUAGAAAUUUAUAUUUUUGUAACAGCUGUUUAAAAACAUUUCAAAAUUUCAGCUGGAUUUAUCAAUCUUUUCAGAAUAUUAAUCAGUUUCCUCACUGCAAGUAAUUGCAUCUCUUUAAAUCGGUUUUUUAAUUCAAUUUUAUCUGUGCCCUUUAAUAAGGCAGUUUUUCAUUUAAGGUGAAACCUUAACAUGCCUUUUGUAGACCAGCUUUUCCUCAUCAAUCUUUUUAAAAACAAAAUCAACAACCUUGUAAAUUUUAAGUGCUGACCUGGAGCAGUUGAAUUGGGAACAGUUCUGUUGCUGUGCUAUAUUUUGUGAUGCAUAAUAGCAAAGACACAGUAAUUUGAUUUUUUUUUUGGUUUUCAUUCUGCAUCAAUCAGCAGUGCAAAGGGAUUAUGUUUCCUGUUUUUACAAGUACAUUGAGCUCCUUUUUAGGACCUUAAAAAUAAACUGUGUAUGUUAAUGAGGAUAAAAGGAAGUAGUGUGAAUAUUUUAUCAAUUUAUUAAAUGAGUUGGAAAGCUUUCUAUUAAUAAUACAAGUAAAUUUGCACUGGGAGACUGUUUGCGAACUGUUCUAAAAUGGCAUCCAUUUACUGUGCUUUGAUCUAACAAAUGUUCUGUGUAAUGGGGUUUUUUUUGUACAUUUCUCAAGUUGAAAAGGGCGCAACGUGUAUUCUGAAUUUUGUAUAGGUAUCCUAGACUAUUAAGAAAUAACUUGUUAAUGUAUUUCUUAAAAUAAAAUUUGUACAAUGCCA